ACCACAAACGCUUUCGUCUCUCCAUGCCGCAAGUGGCCACAGCCUAUAAUGAACCGGUUAAGGGAGAACAAGUCAACAAUAAGAUGAGGGAGGUUCACAAUUUCAGAAGUAAGACAGAAGAAUCCUUCGGCACAGCAGACUGAACGAGCCAAUCCUCCCACUGUGUGAGAUGGCAAAGCUCACAGUGACCGGUGAUUAGAAUGCCCAGUGCAUUCACACACUCUGUCCACGAGUGACCUGCUGCUGGCAGCGCAGGUGUGACUACCAGGGUAGGACUUCUUGAGGAAGCUGUGAACCCAGAGGAACAGGAUUCACUCUGAAGACUCAGAUCCCAUUGACAGGACCCAUUGACACGACCCACUGGUGCCGGGAUCCACUGACACCAGGAGCCACUGACACCAGAUCCCACUGGCGCCGGGAUCCACUGACACCAGGAGCCACUGACACCAGAUCCCACUGACACCAGAUCCCACUGAUCGUACCCAUGGCCAUGUCCCAGCAGGCAGUUGUCUCCAAGCAGCAGGACAACGCCUUCUCCAGCGGGGUCAUGGAGGAGUCUGAGGUCUGCUCUGUGCCUGGGGGGCUCGCCAGCGUCAGGGCACAAUUUGAGAACCAGGAAACUGCAACAUCGCACAAUGUCUCCCAGUUCCACUUCCACCGCAGAGCUGUGCAGGAAGUUCAAUUGAACUCUGAGGUGACAAUGAGGAGCACUUCCAGAGACGUCAUCCCAGCCUCUCAGCAGGCUAUUUUCCACCAGGAUGAACAGGUCACACAUGAGGAAAACAGCUUUACCUCGGUUUAUGACAACAACCAUAAUGAUGAAAGAGAGGAGGAAGGUCCUAGACUUACAACCAAGGAAUUAAGAGAUCACUUUGAGAGAACCAUUGAAGAAGCUGCCCCAAGCAAGCCAAUGAAGAUUGGCCGAGCUGACAUCAAUAGGUCGCAUUGGGCUUCAAAUAUAUCAGAAAAACCAGUCUCAACAAGGGAGAUACAAAAUGUAGCAAGUGCGAUACAGAAUUUCUCCUCAAGUGCGAUACAGAAUUUCUCAUCGAGUGAGAUACAUAAUGUCUCAGCAAGUGAUAUAUGGGACAAUGCUGCUACUGAAGUGAUAGAGGACACAUCUGCUAUUGCAGUUGACUACGAGGACACUGACUAUUUCCCUCCACCACCUCCAGAAGAUUUAGAGUACUUCCCACCUCCACCCCCAGAGUUACUGCAGGUCCCAUCAGAAAGUCCAGAUAUGCCAGUAGAGUGCUACUACUCACCUGAACCCCCGGAAUCAGCUUACCCUUCUAAACGUCCACUCAGUAGACAGGAAUACUUCAGGCAGAGAAACCAGUAUGAGUUGAAACGCCUUUACAAGCAUAUACAUCCUGAGGUGCGUAAAAACUUAGAGAUGUAUAGUGAUGUGGCGGAGUAUGAAAACACCCGACCAGAGAGUCAGGAGGAGUUCGCGGGGGAGACAAGGUAUAUAUACGAGGAUAACGGUAGCAGCCCCAACGACUGCAUUAGCCCAGAAGAAGAAUACCUGGAAUGGGAUGAGAUCCUCAGAGGGGAGGUGCAGUCAAUGCGCUGGAUGUUUGAGAACAAACCUCUGGAUGCCAUCAAAGACGACGCCUCAAAUGAGGAUGACGACCAAAACAUGGAACAGGAGAUGAUUGUUGGGAGUGAUGUAAGAAGCAAAGCAUGGAUGUUUGAGACCAAGCCCAUGGAUGCAUUGGGAUCAGACAACAUAGCUUUAACUAAAUAUAGACACAAGUUCAAUACGUUGGACAAAGGAGAUGUCCGUGCUGCAGCCUGGUUGUUUGAAAACCAACCCAUGGAGACCCUGAACAAAAUGCAUGGCGAUGAAGAGCUAACCAAAGAGAUAGUGUUUACCCAGGAAGAUGGCAGCUCUACCAUACACAUGCUUGAAUCUCAGUACAUGGAAACGUUAGGUCACACUGAGACCAUUGAUGACAGUCACCUCCUGAGUCUGAGAUCAGUGCUCGAGGAAAUAAAUGGAGAAGUGAAGACGAUCACAAGCACAUUUGAGACUCAGUUCAUGUGCGUCCUCAUGGGACAGUCAGGCCAGAUGUUGGAGAUAACAUCUAUACGCAAAGUGGAGACUGAGAAGGGGGACACUAAAACAUCUACCUGGCUUUUUGAUACCCAAGCCCUGGACAUGGCUAAUAAACCCGCUGCCCCAGUGAAACUUGUGUGUAGCCUGUCCAUGGAAGACAACUAUAAAGGAGAUGUUCACCGGAGUAGAUGGUUGUUUGAAACAAAGACCUUAGACUCCGUUAAUGAAGAUCAAUGGGAGAGCUCAACGCUGCAAAAGGAAGAGAUAAUUGGAGCCGAUGUGCGAAAACACCGCUUAGCGUUUGAAACUCAGCCAAUGGAUCCUCUGAAAGAUGACGCAAAUGCUAGACCCCCGACUAUCGGUGGUAAUGUUAGGUCUGCGAGACACUUCUUUGAAACUAGUCCUGAGGCAGCUUUGACGGACCUCAAUGAGGUAGGGAGCCUCAAAAUGUUGGUGGCAGCUGAAAAACACAAGGGUGAUAAUAGACACCAAAAAUGGAUGUUUGAGAAUGAACGACUAGAGGACAUAAGAGACGGGAAGAAGGGGAUUAUUCGCACUGUGAACCUCGAAAAUCUCACUGAAGAUCAAGCUACAAGCUACAACGCAGAUGUCCGUAAGAAUUGCAUGGUAUUUGAGACCCAGCCAAUGGAUACUUUGAAAGAGGAUUCGAAUGCUAGAGCCCUGUCCAAGGCGGAAAUUGUCAGAGGUAAUGUCAGAUCAGCGAGACAUUACUUUGAAACCACUCCAGCGGACAAUAUAAAAGACCUUGCUGAGCUUGGGAAGCUACAAAGAAUGGUGAGACUCGAUGAAGAGAAGGGGGAUGUGAGACACCAGAAAUGGGUUUUCGAAAGUCAACCCCUGGAGCACAUUCAAGAGGAAAAGAAGGAAGUUAUUCGAACCAUUAACCUGGAGGAAAUAGAUCAAGUGGAUGUCUCAAACUACAAGCAAAUAUUUGAAACCACAGACUUAACCAGAUGGGAUGAAUCUCAAAAGAUACUCGUGGAGGGUGUAACAUGUGGCUCUGUGAAAUCUAACAAACAUCUGUUUGAGUCUACACCAAUGUACGCCAUGCAAGACAGCUCUGGCCAUUACCAUGAGGUAAAAACAGUGCGUCGGGAAGAGGUUGUCAAGGGAGACGUAACAAGCUGCAAAUGGAUGUUUGAAACAUGCCCCAUUGACCAGUUUGAUGAAAGCAUCACUAAUUAUCAAAUUAUUAAGGGAAUAUCCAAAGAAGAAGUUGAGUCUGGUGACGUUAAAACUGCCAAGUGGCUGUUUGAAACACAGCCUCUUGAUGCAAUUAAAUACUUCAGCAAUAUUGAAGACAAGGAAAGUAAAACUAAGGAAAGUGUUGAGAUUGUAAAAGGGGAUGUUAAAACCGGUAAGUGGUUAUUCGAGACUAAACUAAUGAAUGUCCCAUAUGAGAAGGAGGAGUUGAAGAGUGAAAAUGAGAGUGAGGAGAUACGCAAAGGAGAUGUGAAAAUAUGCACAUGGUUGUUUGAGACACAGGCACUUGACACUAUCCGAGAUGAAACAGAAACUGUUCUACAAACAUGCACUGUGAAUCAAGAAGAUGUCCAGGGCAAAGAUGUACGAAUGGCUCGUUUUUUAUUUGAGACAGAGAAUCUUGAGAACAUCACAGGGGAGGACGAGAGCUCUAAGAGGGUUACAGAGAUUGACAUUCAGUCAGGAGAUGUCAAUAGAAUUAAGUAUAUCUUUGAGAAUCAGUCCUCUGAUAUCAUGACCUCAACAUCUGAGGAGUUCAUGCAAAGGCUCAAAACUACACAAUCAACUACACAAUCAGAGGACAUCCAGAAAGGAAAUGUGGUGAACUGCAAAUGGCUCUUUGAGAACCAGUCCAUAGAUGCCAUACGUGAUAUCCAAGAAGAGACUCUGGACACCCGCACUGUGACUGAUGUACAAGGAGGUAAUGUGGACAAAGGUCGUUUUAUUUUUGAGACGUACUCCUUAGACAAAAUCCAGGAGGUUUCCUCAGAGAUUACAAAGUUGCAGAAAAUAACUUGUGAGGAGGAAGAGAAAGGGGAUGUAAGGAACUACACUAUGAUGUUUGAAACUCAGCCUCUUUAUGCCAUUCAAGACAAAGAGGGCCAUUAUCAUGAGGUCACCACUGUCACAAGCGAGGAGAUAUUGAAGGGUGAUGUGAUCGGGUCCCGGUGGUUGUUUGAAACCAAGCCUCUUGAUUCUAUCAGUGAUACAGAUGAGGUCUAUAUCAUCAAAUCUGUCACACAGGAGGAUGUUCAGAAAGGAGAUGUUACUUCAGCCAAGUGGAGAUUUGAAACACAGCCACUUGAUACGAUUGCAGAGGAUAUAAAAAUGUCAGUUAAAACUGUUGAAGAUAUUCAAGGAGGAGAUGUUAGAAUGAAUAAACAGCGUUUUGAAUCUGAUGUGCUGUCACAGAAGUCUGUGCGAACAGUUAAUGUGAGUGAAAUCCAGAAAGGUGAUGUUAGGACAGCAAAAUGGAUGUUCGAAACUCAAACAAUGGAUAAAAUACGUAGCCAGAGCGAAGAGAAUUUAAUAGAAACGGUCAUGAAAGAGGAGGUGUUAAGGGGAGAUGUUAGACAAUCAGUGUGGCUCUUUGAACAGAAUCCCCUUGACCAUAUAAAGGAGAUAGAUGAGGAAGAUACAGUAGUUAUUCAAGAGGAAAUCCCCAAAGCCGAUGUAAAGACAACAACAUGGCUGUUUGAAACAACUCCGUUCCAUGACUUUAAUGAGAACAGUGUUGAGAAGUCGGAAAUCCUGGGUAAAAGUAUCAAAGGAACCCUUGAAGAACUUUAUAGCCAGAAAAUCGUUAAUUCAAAAGGAGUACUCAUUGAAGCAGAUGAAAUUGGGGACGUUAGAAUGGCAAAAUACCAGCUAAUGAAUAAGGAUUCUCCAGAGAUCCAAAGAGAGGAAAUCGUCAGCGGGGAUCUGAGCAACAUUAUGAUGAAUCUUUUGAACCGUCGGGAAAGAAUUGAGAGGGGAGUAGUGGUAGAGUCAGAAGAGAAGGGUAAUAUCAGUACAACAGUGCAUCAACUGUUCAACCAAGAGAGGGGCAUCAGUGUGGAAAAGGAGGAAAUAUUAAGAGGUGACAUCCAGGAAGCUGUAAACAAUCUUCUCAAGGAGGGAGGAUCUGCUAAACGUGGUAUACUCCUUCAAGAGGAUGAGAAGGGAGAUGUGCAAAUGACUAUUUAUUCUCUUCUAAAUAAAGAAGAGGACAUCAGUGUUGAAAAAGAGGAUAUAGUCAAAGGCAAUAUAAGAAAUGCACUCCAAAGACUAUCCAACCCAGAAAGCCAAGAGCAGAUGAGGAUAAAGGUGGACGAGAACGAAAAGGGAAACGUGAACUUUUACUCCACAUGCAUUGAAUCUGGGGCGCUUGACUAUCUCAAACAACUCCAGGUAGAGCCAGAUGAGACUCUACCUGAAAAGGUAGAGAAAGAGGAAAUUAUUAGAGGAGAUAUAAAGGGGACAAAACUCAUUCUUGACAGUAAUCGAGCACAAAUUGAACGUACAGUAGAUGAAGAGGACAUAGUGUGCGGAGAUGUUCACAACUCAGUCAAGGUUUUCAUGACUGAACCCACACACUCACUGGAUGGCCUACAGAAAGAGGAAAUAGUGAGGGGCGAUUUGAAAGCCGCUAUGAACUCGCUGUCUCAGUUUGUAAAUCAGACAGUGGUUGUAGAGAAAGAGGAGGUGGUAAGAGGUAACAUACACAAAGCCCGAAGGCACCUUGAGUUGGCUCAAACACUGCCCAAGGAGGUGGAAAAGCCAGAGAUUGUCCGCGGCAACAUCAAAGGGGCACUGAGGUCCCUAGAGAAAUCUGCAACCUCCAAAGUUGAAGUUGUCAUCGAAGAUUUAGUACCUGGAGACAUCAAAGGUACCUUAAAAUCCCUGGAGCAGGCAAAGCAAACAGUCAGGGCUAUCAAGAAGGAAGAGAUUGUAAAGGGUAACAUCCAUACAGCCAAGCAAUGUUUACAAGAGGCUUCUAAUGACAGGAGGACAUGUCAACAGGAAAUGUAUGUCCAGGGAAACGUGAGAGGCACUAUUGAGCUCUUAUUGGAACCACCAGCUUCUCCAAGAAUGACACGGAGACCCAGCUUUGAGGGUGAUGUGAAAAUGUCCAUUAAAUCACUCUACGAGACACAUGAGGUGCAAGAGGCAAGGGAGGAACAAACUCAACCAGAGAAAGAGGAGGUGAUAAAGGGUGAUGUUAAAGGCACAAUCAAAUCCUUGCUGGAAUCAGCCCAGCGUGCAGCUCCUAAAAUCAGAGUGGGAGCUAGAAGGGUCAAAGUUCCUGCGAGCUCUCCAUUGCGCUCACAGCAAGGAAUCCCUCUAUUACGUUCACAGCAAGGUAGCCAUGAAUGUUCUGUUGUAAACAAAACUGAGAGUGAGAUACUUAAAAAUAGGUCUCAAAGCAUUGAAGCACAAAGAAACCUACGGGGGAAAAAGAUGGCUAAUUCAGUCAAAACAGAGAGCUCAACACCAGGGAAUCAAUCCCUCUCAACUCAAAACACAAUCAAUACAUCUGAAUCACAGACUACUCAACAAUCAACGGAAGUAAUACAACACACAACCAUCACUCAAAACCAUGGUAUUAAAACAUUGGAGACUAAGUUCUGUAACCUCAAUUCAAGUAGAAAAGGUUUGAUCAGACUAGAUAAAACCAAAGUGAAAACAAAUGUUCUUACCCCAACACGGACAUUGUCUGAGUCUGAACUUUCUCUCCCUCCCCCACCUCCAUGUGAUGAUCAAUCAUCCCUAACCCCAGCCUCCUCUAUCAAUAGGCUGGACUUGGACCUUCCUCCUCCCCCAACUCCUCCUCCCCCACCACCUGUUGAGACUGAAAAUUUCCCUCCCCCACCAACACAGGAUUUCCUUCCACCCCCACCCUCACAGUAUGAACUGGACUCUAUGUCAUCCCAGACACCUCAUCAAUCACUAGCUAAAGCCACAAAAGUUACUGUCAAAAAGGUGAAAGGUCCUGUAUUGCACCAAGUGUCAAAACUUGAGCCAACCAGUCAGAUUCAGAAAAUUCAACACGCAACCUCAGAGAAAUAUUCAACCAUUGCCAACAAAUCUGUGAUGGAAAUCAGCAAAACUCAAAUUGAAUCAACAUCAUUUUCAUCAACAAAAGUUUCAUCUGAAAUCCCAAAACCACCAGAAUCACCACGACCAUUAAAGAAAGUGUAUGUUGCCCCUAUAAGAUUUACACAUCCACCCUCUCCCCCUCCCUUCCUGAAAUCCACUCAAUUCAAAACUCCAUUAAUAAAGGCAGAGAAAAAGUACAGAAAACAGAAAGUGGGUAGUACAUCGCCUGCUACACUGAGUCCCAUUUUCAUGCAUGACCCAGUAACUGCUGCCCUUGAAAUGCUCUCCUCUGAGGAGACCAGAAUGGAGCAAUCAAACAAGAGCAUGAUGUUUGGUUUCACUCAAGAGAAUGCUGAAAAGACUGUGACCAAUGUCAAGUCAGACACACUGUCAUCUGAUUUUUCCAAGCACGCCCAAAUCUCAGAAACUCCUUCAAGCAUGAAUUUGAUCUCUGCUGGGAAUGGGCAAAAUCUCCCUGAAUCUGCUGUUAUUUCUGCAACUAAACACCAUAUUGUCUCUAAUGAAACAUCCAAAGUCUCCUCCAUUCAGCACCAGACAUCUAUUUCCUCCACAAAGCAACAGACAGUUACUGCAGCUAAACAACAGGUAUCGUCAGCAUACACAGAGCAGUCACACUUUGCUGUAAGUAGCUCUCAAGUCCAGAUCUCGACCAGUCAUGCUAAAAAGAUUGAAAAUAUGAAUGAAGAUGUCAGAAAAGAUGUCAAAAACCUCAAAACCACCUCUCAAGUCCAGAUCUCGACAAGUGACGAUAAAAAGGUUGAAAAUGUGAAUGAAGAUGUCAGAAAAGAUGUCAAAAACCUCAAAACCACCUCUCAAGUCCAGAUCUCGACCAGUGAUGAUAAAAAGGUUGACAAUGUGAAUGAAGAUGUCAGAAAAGAUGUCAAAAACCUCAAAACCACCUCUCAAGUCCAGAUCUCGACCAGUGACGAUAAAAAGGUUGAAAAUGUGAAAAAAGAUGUCAAAAACCUCAAAACCACCUCUCAAGUCCAGAUCUCGACCAGUGACGAUAAAAAGGUUGAAAAUGUGAAAAAAGAUGUCAAAAACCUCAAAACCACCUCUCAAGUCCAGAUCUCGACCAGUGACGAUAAAAAGGUUGAAAAUACAAAAAAAUAUAUCAGAAAAGAUGUCAAAAACCUCAAAACCACCUCUCAAGUCCAGAUCUCGACAAGUGACGAUAAAAAGGUUAAAAAUGUGAAUGAAGAUGUCAGAAAAGAUGUCAAAAACCUCAAAACCACCCCUCAUGUCCAGAUCUCGACCAGUGACGAUAAAAAGGUUGAAAAUGUGAAUGAAGAUGUCAAAAACCUCAAAACUACCCCUCAAGUCCAGAUCUCGACAAGUGACGAUGAAAAGGUUGAAAAUGUGAAUGAAGAUGUCAGAAAAGAUGUCAAAAACCUCAAAACCACCACUCAAGUCCAGAUCUCGACAAGUGACGAUAAAAAGAUUGAAAAUGUGAAUGAAGAUGUCAGAAAAGAUGUCAAAAACCUCAAAACCAACUCUCAAGUCCAGAUCUCGACCAGUGAUGAUAAAAAGGUUGAAACUCUGAAUAAAGAUGUCAGGAAAGAUGUCAAAAACCUCAAAACCACCUCUCAAGUCCAGAUCUCGACCAGUGAUGAUAAAAAGGUUGAAACUCUGAAUAAAGAUGUCAGGAAAGAUGUCAAAAACCUCAAAAUCACCUCUCAAGUCCAGAUCUCGACCAGUGACGAUAAAAAGGUUGAAACUCUGAAUAAAGAUGUCAGGAAAGAUGUCAAAAACCUCAAAACCACCUCUCAAGUCCAGAUCUCGACCAGUGAUGCUAAAAAGGUUGAAGAUACAAAAACAGAUGAAAAAGAUGUCAGAAAUCUAAAAACUAAAGAUUCCCAUAAAUCUGAGGACAAGAAGAACAAGGAUAAUUCUGCAUCCCAAGGACCCAAAAAGGUUUCUGACCAGCCUACCAAAACAGAAAAGGUAACCCAAGAAACAAUUGUCAAAGCAGUCAGAUCACCCUUGGAAGACAAAAAUAAAUAUGAUAUUUAUGUAUCACAAGCACCUGAGAAGGUUCCUAGUCAGUCAAUUAAAGUAGAAAAGGUAACCUCAGAAAGUAAUGUCAAAACAGGCAAAAAGAAGGCCAAAGGGCAAGAAAAGAAAGUAGAAGUAAAAGACAUAAAACAGCCAGAUGAAGCUAAGAAGGAAAUAAUUUCACAGGUGAAGGAUGUCACUAAGGGAAAGGUUUCUAGUGAGCAAACGCAUCAUGAGACUGAGGACAAAGUCAAGGUCAAGGAGGACAGUCAGAAAGCUCUUGCUGUUAAUGACAACCAACCAGCAACUCCAACUCCCGCAAGAAAGAAGAAGAAGAAGAAGAAGAGGUCAAAAGCCAAAGAUGCGGCUGCCUCUGCAGAAUCAACUAAAUCUGUUUCUGAAAGUUCCACUCAAAGUCAGGAGAUCACUGUAGUGCAGACGCACAAAGCCCAUCAAGAGGAGCACAUUCAGGUACAUAAGGAAGUGAUUAUCACUGAUAGCAAAGAUGAAAGCAAAGUUCAUCAACGUAUCCAGGAGCAAGGAACAGUGAAAGUCGAAAAACAGGUCAAGGCAUCACAAAAGAAGAAAGAGGUGACCUCAAACCAGCAGAUUCAAGACAAACCAAAGGAGGAAUACAGAAAUAUUCCAGUGAAAGUGGAAAGUGGAAAAAUGACAAGCCAGUCAUCACAAAAGGAUCCUGUGAAGCCCUCAACAGGGAGCACUGAGGAUUGUUUAGAGGGAACCCACACUACUCUGGAGAAGCAUGAGAGUAAACCUACUUCUGAAAAGAUCAUUGUUGGUGGGGAAACUCAAAAAAUACAUAAGAUAAGUAUUGGCUCUUCAAAAGUGGAAAGUAAAAAGACAUCACGUGAAAGCAAAAAGCAAGAGUGGAGUGUAAAAUCUAUUGAUCGUAGCGCACCUUCACCCUUACUACGGAUGCGCUCACCCUCACCCACCUUUAUUACCAUUGAAUCUACCCAGAGAACGGCCUCACCUCGGAGAAUAACCCCAUCACCUAUCCCAAUGCUCAGACCAGCCACUCCCCCAACGCCUCCCCCUCGCAAAUUGGAACCUCCUACAUCACACAUCAAUAGGGCCACACCCUCUCCCACCUUUUCUAGAGCAGAGAACUUGGCGUGGAUAAAAUAUACUACAGCCCAGCUUUCUUGUGGAGUGACGCCACCUCCGGUUCCACUUCCUAUGCAGGUCACAGAAAAUAAAUCUGACAUUGUGGAAUACCCCGCAUCAUUCUAUCGGCAGAUCAAAAUUGAGGAACAAACUGAGGAAACUUCUGAAAUGCUAGCGAAGACAAUUGUCACUGCCAAAAAACGUCCCAAAGAAUUAUAUGAAGAGGCUCAAAAGGCUGCUGUGAAGGUCACAGGUGGAAGGUCAUUCCCUCAAAUGGAUAAGGAAGACAUGGACGCUUCAGAAAUGUCAGACUCAUCAAUGGUGACUACAUCAGUGAGAGACAAGAGGGAGUUUUUUGAAGAAGCACAAAAAGCGGCAGAAAAUAAGACUUAUGUGCGAAAGGAUCCCAUUGACUUACCAGAGCGCUUGGGCCCAGACAUGGAGGAGCCCAAAACAACAAACCAAGACAGUAGGGAUGAAACACAAAGCACUUCUGAGAAGAUCGCAGAGAACAGCACUGAAGUAGUGGGAUCUACAGAGUCAACCGAAAAAGAAUUGAUGGAAGCUUCAGAAAUGUCAGAGUCGUCAAUAGUGACUACAUCAGUGAGAGACAAGAGAGAGUUUUUUGAAGAGGCACAAAAAGCUGAAAUAAAUAAGACCUAUGUACGAAAAGACCCUAUUAAUGUCCUAGAGCACUUAGGUCCAACCAUUAUAGAGCCUGAAACAGAAAACCAAGAGAGGAAGGAAGACGUACAAAACACAACUGAGAAAAUCACAGAGAAAAUCUCUGAAGAAGUGGGAUUUAUGUGGGAUGACCAGUGGGUGUCAGCUGCCAUAGAGGCUAUGGAAACUUCUGAAUUGUCAGACUCAUCAGCAGUGACAUCAGUGAGAGACAAGAGAGAGUUUUUUGAAGAGACUCAUAAAGCUAAAGUAAAUAAGACUUAUGUGCGAAAGGAUCCCAUUGACAUACCAGAGCGCUUGGGCCCAGACAUGGAGGAGCUCAAAACAACAAACCAAGACAGUAGGGAUGAAACACAAAGCACAUCUGAGAAGAUCGCAGAGAACAGCACUGAAGUAGUGGGACCUACAGAGUCAACCGAAAAAGAAUUGAUGGAAGCUUCAGAUAUGUCAGAGUCGUCAAUAGUGACUACAUCAGUGAGAGACAAGAGAGAGUUUUUUGAAGAGACUCAUAAAGCAAUUGUAAAUAAGACCUAUGUGCGAAGGGAUCCCAUUGACAUACCAGAGCGCUUGGGCCCAGACAUGGAGAUGCUCGAACCAGAAAACCAAGAGAAGGAGAACCUUCCAAAGGUGGACUUGUCUGGAUUAGUCAACAAAUUUGAAACACCAGAAGAGAAAGUUUAUGUCAGAAAGCCUGUCACAAUGAGAGAAAGACGUGGGAGUGAGACAGAAUACACAAAGUCUGACAUAGAAGAUACAGAAACUCAAGAGGAGGAAAUGCUUACUUUGGACAUCAAGGCUAUUAAAAAUGUUUUUGAAAUGAGUGAGCAAAGUCCAUCUUUCAAAGACGAGAAAAAUCAACCGGAUGAGCUGGAUUCAAACCUGAGUGAAAACACAACAGAGAGUUCAAAGAAGGAGAACACCCAGGAGACACAGAGGGGCUCCGGGCAGAUUUCGCCCCUGCCUUCCCAGAAAGAAGUGCAACAAAUGUCAGCAGACCCAACAGACUCUGAAACCAAGUUAGUCACAGAGCAUUUCGUGAACUUAGAUGAAUUAGGCAACAAGACGAUUGGAUCACUGAGCAGCACAAUGGUUUCCCAGCACUCAAAGAGCGUAACAACCGACCAUCCCCCCUUCUCAUAUGCUGACAUGGUAAAAAAAAAAGGUUCUCAGGUGACGCCAUCUGAAACCCCAGAUGAGGCUUCCACUGAAGAGUUGCUGAGGAAUUUCCACGAAACAUGGACGGAGAGCGAGAGUUUUUUCAAGAGUCUCGGCUACAGUGUCUCAGAGGAGAGAACAUCACAUGUUGUGUCACAUCAAACGAAGACUAUUGUUACUGACUCGAGUUCUCAAGUCGGAGCUUUGCACUGUGUGUCGGAGGAGGGUCUAUCCGAUGGAGUCUCUAAUAGCGGACAGAAAAAAAUUCCAUAAAUCUUGUUUCUGCUGCGAGUACUGCAGAAAUAAAUUAAGCCUUGGCAACUAUGUCUCUCUCCAUGGACAUCUGUACUGUUUACCGCACUACAAACAACUAUUCAAGUCCAAAGGGAACUACGAUAA